AUGGUCGUCCUCGCAGCAUCCAUCUGCACCCGUGGCGGGAAGGCUGUCCUCUCCAGGCAGUUCCGCGAGAUGCCCAGGUCGCGCAUCGAAGCCCUGCUGGCCUCCUUCCCCAAGCUCGCCGACACGGGCACCCAGCACACCACCGUCGAGCAGGACAAUGUCCGCUUCGUCUACCAGCCCCUGGACGAGCUCUACAUGGUCCUCAUCACCAACCGCCAGUCCAACAUCCUGCAGGACAUUGACUCGCUCCACCUCUUCGCCCAGGUCGUCACCAGCACCUGCAAGAGCCUCGACGAGCGCGAGAUCCUGAGGAACGCCUACGAGCUGCUCAGCGCCUUCGACGAGCUCGUCACCCUCGGCUACCGGGAGAACCUCACCAUCAGCCAGAUCAAGACCUUCCUCGAGAUGGAGUCGCACGAGGAGCGCAUCCAGGAGAUCAUUGCCAGGAACAAGGAGUUGGAGGCCACAGAGGAGCGCAAGCGCAAAGCGAAGCAGCUCGAGAUGCAGCGCAAGGAGUCGGCAAGGAGCGGCCGUGCCGGCGUGCCACGCACCCCCGUUUACCCGACAUACACCCCUCCUUCCCGCCCUACGCCCACGGAUACCUACGAUAGCUACGAGGCCGAGAAGAACAAGACCUCGCUCAAGACCACCACCAUGAAGGGCAAGGGCAUGCAGCUCGGCAAGAAGUCCAAGACUACCGACAUGUUUGAGCGUGUGCGCGGCGACAUGGGCCAGGAGGUCGACGACUCACCUCUGGUGCCCGUCGCUGCCCCCACGCCUGCCGCCGAGCCUGCUGCUCCUCGCGCCUCCACAGGCCUGGACCGUGAUGCCAUCCACGUCACCGUCAACGAGGCCAUAUCCGCCAAGCUGUCCAAGGAAGGCUCCGUCAACUCGCUGUCCGUCACGGGAGACUUGACGCUCCGCAUUUCAGAUCUCAGCUUUACCAAGGUCAAGCUGGCCCUGUCCGCCACCCCCUCUCACGGGGUGCAGUUCCGUACACACCCCAACGUCGACAAGGCUGCCUUCAACAGCUCCAAGACUAUCCAGAUGAGCAACGCCGCGCGAGGCUUCCCCGUGAACAACGCAGUCGGUGUGCUCAGGUGGAGAGCCUCGCCAAAGGUCGACGACCCGAGUGCUGUGCCGAUCCAGUUCACCGUGUGGGUCAACAAGGGUUCGGACGGCACCUACGGUCUCACCGUCGAGUACGAGCUCACCGGCGGCGAGGAACUCAGGGAUGUCAGUGUGAACAUUCCCUACGCGACAAGCGAGCCCUCUGUUUCCAGCUUCGAUGCCACAUGCGACGUGUCAGGCGAUAGCCUGGAGUGGUCGAUCGGCACCGUCACCGCCGAUGAACCGAGCGGAUCUUUUGAGUUCGAGGCCCAAGCAGACAGUGAGGAAGAGUUCUUCCCCAUGCAAGUGCGCUUCUCCAAGACGUCGCCCUUCAUCGACGUUGAUGUCUUGUCGGUUGCGUUGGUGGAAGAGAACGAGGAGGUCACCUUCUCAAAGGAUAUCAAGUCGGUGGCGGACUCGUAUGUUGUUGAGUAG